AGUUUAUAUAUGUGUAACCGUUUGAUUACUGGAUUUACAUCGGAAAUUGCAUUUACAUAGGUAUUUUGACUGCUCACAUUCUGAUGGAUCGGAGACGCCGAUGACACGAGUUAGCUUACACAAACUGGCGCGAGGAAUUUUAUGCAAUACUUCUGAAAAUGAAUGUAAAUCAAACCGAUUGUGAAAUUAUGGAUUUCUUAAACAUCUGUGAACUAGAAUAGUCAUGCAGCUUGGUUGAUCCUGGGUCCCCGACGUCGACAAUGUCUAGAAAAAGUGCACGAUUGUUAUCGAGAACCAAGAGCGAUGAAGACACUGUACCAUGCGCUAAAGUGAACAGAAAAAGGAAGGCCGAGGAGGAUUUAGACGAAGAUACAACGAUGAUCAAGAGAACGAAGACCUAUAGAAUUGAAACACAAUGGAUUCCUAUUUCGGAGAACUCUUCUAUUUCAACGUGCACACUGGUACCUAGUCAUCACCCACCAACACCCGAAAGCGAGGAAAAGAAACCAUCAGAGCUCAUUUUAGGAUCCAAAUUUCGGUUCAGAAACUACUUUUUAUCCACAAACAGAUCUUCUCCACUUCCUAAGUUAAGUUGGGCAGAUUCACGAGAGGUAUGGCAGUUCAUGUUGAAGAAAGAAUCCCACUACAUCAGAGACUCAGACUUGUUCAAGAACCAUCCUUGUCUACAGUCAAGAAUGAGGACAAUCCUACUGGACUGGUUAAUUGAGGUGUGUGAAGUUUACCGGCUACACAGGGAGACUUUCUAUCUCGGUGUGGACUUUGUGGACCGUUACAUGAGUUUGAGCAAGGGGCUACAGAAACACCAGCUUCAGCUCAUCGGUAUCACAUCACUAUUUAUUGCGGCUAAGUUAGAGGAAAUCUAUCCACCAAAGAUAGCAGAGUUUGCCUAUGUGACGGAUGGGGCCUGUACAGAGGAUGAAAUUCUGGACCAAGAACUGAUCAUGUUGAAGGCAUUGAACUGGGACUUGUCACCACUUACUACAAACGGCUGGUUGAAUCUCUACCUACAAGUUGCCAAUAUAGAGCACAUCGUGGAAACAGAACAUGGAUUUGUCUUCCCCCAGUAUUCCUCGCACGCAUUCAUUCAAGUUGCUCGGCUGGUAGAUCUGUGUAUCCUAGACAUUGGAUGUUUACAGUUCCCCUACAGUGUUGUUGCUGCCUCUGCACUCUACCACCUCACAACCAAAGAAAUUGCCCUGUCUGUCUCGGGCUUUAAAUGGGCUGAUAUCCAACAGUGUGUCAGUUGGAUGUCUCCUUUUGCUAUAACUAUGCGAGAGUCUGGUCCUGCUGAAGUUAAGUUCUUCCCUAAUGUGGCACCAGAGGACAGUCAUCACAUCCAGACACACGCUAUUGACCUCAAUCUUCUGGAAAUAGCUCAGGAAAGGCAGGAGCAAGUGCUAAGCUCACUGCGAGCAGGAAGUCCAGACCUGCAGGCUCAAGUGAUCACACAACUUACACCUCCUCAUAGUAACAAAAAGUCUGCCACCACCACUGACCCUUUGUCCUCGCCACAUCAAGAGGAAUUAUUGGAAAGUGCAAAUGAUGCUGCUCAGUAGUGUGUUUACGACUUGUGCUAUUUUGGACCUUAACAAAGGGUAUAUGGAGACUCAGAGGGUACUAGGACAGACUUGCGCUCCGUGACCUCCAUGAGAAGGACUCUACAUGAGAUAGUGCAAAAUAUUAGGAAAGUGAAAGCAAACUGUCCAAAUACUUUCUGUUUGUCUAUAAACAUGCAUAAGAAAAACAAAUUCAGAUCAAGGUGACACUGAAUAAAUAUGAAAUAUUGAUUCUAUUCGUGUGCAAUAAACAAUAUGACUUGUUAAGUGAUGGAGAGACAAUUUUUACUCCUGCGAGGCAUAGGGUGUUGAACACGAGACCUGACUGACAGAAUUUGUAUGACUGAACUGAUACAUGUAACUUAUGGAUGCGUCAGAAGUUGUUUUAAUUUGGGUGACUGAUGUGGAUGAAUGUAGACUUGUGUGAAAUGUGCAACUGCAUUGUAUACAUUUUAAGAAAAAUAAUUUGAACAAUAUCCCCAAGGGAUCCUAUUUACAAGUCACCAAUGUGUUCAAAAGAGUUCUUGUGAAGAACUGUUUUUUAUUAUAAAUGGCCAAUAGAACAGGAUAUUAUAGUGCUUGUUACUUGUACAAAGAUUUUUGAGAUUUGUUAAAUUUGAUGAUUUGAUACUCUCCUGUCUAACCUCUGCCAUCCCACAAUGGCUCUCUGUAUUAUUGGAUGAGAGUGUAUAUAUUACCCAGCAAUACUUCCCACUGCCCACCAAUGUGUUCUGUUAUAUACCUGGUUGAGUUUGAUCUCCGUUAAAACGUGUGUCAGGAGACUGCACAUAAUGUUAUAUCUGAGGCGUGUAAUCGUUUCCAGAGCAAAGUUUACUUUAUAUUGAAAUCAACCGAUGUGUUCAUUAACUUAAUGCAUAUAUUUAGUUCUUACUUACAACUAUGUUCUGUCUGACUUAUACAUUUCUCAUGAAAUGAGAACAAGAUUAUUGCUUUACUUAUAGAAAUGACAUCUGUUAUUUUGAAAUAGAAUUUUUAGGUAAAUGUGCAAUACAGAAAAAAAACUAUUAAGAUGAGUUAGACAGAAGUAUCAAAUCACAGUACAUAUGUAUAGAAAUGAAAAUGACUUAAUCCAUAAUGAAAUUGUUAAUAUUGUUUUCAAUUAAUGCUUAGGUUAAGUAAUAAAACAUAUCUAUAUUUUUAUACGAACGUCUAUAGGAAUGAUUGUUUUCUUGCUGAAGUGAUUACAAACCUUCAAUGUGUGUGAGAUUGUGUAUUAAAACCGGCCAUUGUAUUAGCACUAGUCAGAGUAAAAGCUGUAGAGUGGAGAAUUUGGGCCGUUUUAUACUACAGGAGGAUAACAAUCCGUGUGAAAUAAAUAAUGUGGUAUUAUCGAUUAACAACUUCAUUUCAGUUUGAUAAUUGCUCUUAAAUGUCGGGGACGGUGUCAUGAUAUUGAAGAAAAGAAUUUCAAUUUCAUGAUUUUCUUUUUUGUCUGGAAUCAUUUUGUUUCAUCUGUUCACGACUUAAAUAAUAAUUUAAAUGAAUUGUGGAGAAAUCAACGGGUGUAAUUAUCCCACUUAAACAAAUAAAUGUGUGUUUAUGUGUAUGUGUGGUAGAACUGAAUAGAAGGGAGUGUGUAUUAUUCCUGACUAGGGGCGCUCAUCGUAAAGAUACUCCACAUCAUUAAACCUAUUGUAUAGAUAUUUAAAGAGAAAUGAUUUAUCUUGUAUAAUUAAAUUAAGUAAUUUAUGCUAUUUAUACUCUCAAACUUAUUUCUUUAAAUUUCAUUUGUAGCUUUGAUUAUUACUUUAUAGUAAUCUGAAUUAAAAUAUUAAUAUAUAAUUUAUUUAAUUUGAAUCUUUGUGCAAAUAUUGACCUGUACUCUCUCGAUAACCCUGACAGGGAAAAUGUGUAUGUAGGGGAUUGGGGGAGGUUAGUUAGGACAGAGGCAAGGGUUUCUUGUUGCUUCAGUUUUUAACAGGAUUUCAAGAAAGAAACCCCCACCCCUAAUACUGGUAACUUUCAUUCUCCCCAUGCUCUUGACUAAAGUUUUACAAAUAAGUUGGUUAUAAUUAAGUUCAUAAUGUUUUGUACUAUCUUGGGAUGUAAAAUUGACGGCAUUUAAUGUACAUUUAGAGAAAUAGUGUUGAGUUUGAUAACUUGUGACCAAUCCUUUGCCCUAACAUGUGGCUAUAAAAAUUCCUGUUAUGCCAAAGUUGAUACUGGGAAGUAAGAUGUCUGCAUUAAAAUGGGAGCCAGUUUAUUGGCAACUAGUUUCUGUGUUUACAUUGUAAAUGUGACCACACUAGUGAGUGGUACACAUAUGGUAAUGUAAGGUAACAUCAAUUGUUGGCAAGGUCUACUACUGGACUAUCUAGCUUCAGGCAGUACUGGAAAUGGACCAGGUUGUUUGAGUAGGACAGAAAGUCUAUUGUUGAGUCAUAAUACUAUUUAUCCACGUUACCUGGGACUAAAUCUUGUUCCUCCCUUAAAAUGUCAAUGUGUGCCGAUGUUGAGUUCAACAGAACAGAGGCAGUAAUAUAAUGAUAAAAAAAAACAAUAAAAAACAUUCCUGUAUCAAUUUCAAAUGUAUGUAAAAUAAGUUUUGUUGAUUGUAGACUUUAAAUUGUAAUCAAAAUCAUUUAAGGAUUAUUCCCUCAAAUACCUAAUCAUGACCCAUGUCAAAAUUUAAAAGUUAUGCUUAUUUGUCCUCUGCAGUUUGCCUUUGUUUUCAUCCAUGUAUCAGGACUAUUUGUUAUAUAGAUAUUGGGGACCAAUGACAGAUGAUGUUUCAUUCUAAAUAAGGGACCAAUGGAAGUUUUCUCACUAUAAAGUAUCAAUGUUUUUUAAACACAAGUGAAUAUUUUAGGGUAUGUUGUAUCUCAAACAAAAAAAUAAAACAUGUUUUAAAUUAAA